GGUGAGGAGAGGUGAGGAGAGGAGAGAAGAGGAGAGGAGCACGGACGCUUUGAGGCCUCAUUUAAUGCUUUUACCGAACUCACCAUUCAUUUUUGUUCCCUAAACAAACCCUUUCCUUUUUUUUUCUUUCUUCUUUUUUUUUUUUUUUACUUUCUUCUCUCUCCCUUUUUCAUCCUCUUCUCUGCAACCACUCUCUCUUAUCCCUUUCCCAUUUCUCCCUUUCCCCCCUGUUUUCAGGUACAUUUCUUGGGAUAUCCCACUUUUUUUUUUCUUUUUUUCUUUUUUUCUUUUUUUCUUUUAGUCCCCAUUUUCUCUUUUCAUUUUCUUCUCCUUUCUCUCUCCUUAUGAUCAUGGAAUGUGUUCGAUUAAGCCCUCAACUCUGUUUUAAUCCUCAGAAUGUUGUUUCCUCUGAUGAUUUUUUCGUCGACCAACUCUUGGAUUUGUCUGAUCAUGAUGAAUUCCUUCAAGACCAAACCCCUGAUGAUGAUGACGAUGAUGAUAAACCUUCUGUUUCCCUUUCCAAUCUUGUUUCUGCUCAGGAAAUUCAUCAGGACUCCAUUGUUUCCGAUUUUCCUUCUUUACCUACCAGUGAACUUACUGUUCCGGCGGAUGAUUUGGAGGACCUCGAAUGGCUAUCCCAUUUUGUCGAGGAUUCUUUCUCUGGAUUCUCCGCUCCCUUUCCUUCUCCCAUGAAAUCGUCCAAGGAAAUUGCAACCUCGGAGGAACAACUGGUGGAGGAUGAUGGUUCUGUUUCGCCUCCGGAGCCCUGUUUCAAAACCCCCAUUCCGGCUAAGGCUAGAAGCAAACGGAGGAGAACCAGCGGUCGAGUUUGGUGCCUUCGUUCACCGUCGUUGACCGAUUCUUCCUCUUGUUCCACAACGUCGUCCUCCUCUUCAUCGCCGGCAAGUCCUUGGCUCAUCAUUUCCGACCGUUUCGAACCGGAAAUUCCAGCCACGAAGAAAAGGAGGAGAAAAUCUCCAUCGGAGAAGUCCAGGAUCACCAUUGGAGCACAGCCGCCUCGACGGUGCAGUCAUUGCGGAGUCCAGAAAACUCCUCAAUGGAGAACCGGCCCCCUCGGAGCAAAAACCCUCUGCAACGCUUGCGGUGUUAGGUUUAAAUCGGGUCGACUCUUACCCGAAUAUCGACCCGCAUGCAGUCCGAAUUUCUCCAGCGAAUUGCACUCAAACCAUCACCGUAAAGUACUUGAAAUGCGCCGGAAAAAGGAAGUGACGGCCCCAGACGAGUUUUUGAGCGUAGAAAAAAAUUAAGAAAAAAAAAGGUGGGCGUAGAGGGCGAUGGGAAGAAGAGAAAGUAAAGUUUAGGUAAAGAACCGGGUUUGUCGAGCCGGUUCAGUUAAUCCGAGUUAGUGUACAUUUUUUCCCUGUUGGGUUCGCGGUUAGGUUUGUAGGGAUGUACGUAACGUAACCGUCUAGAGAAAAGAUUAUAUUAUGUAUUAUUCUAAAAUUUUACUUUCUUUGAUUAUUAAGAUUUUAGAUUAAAUGACAUUUAAGUGUAGUUAUUUUAA